ACCCCACGCCCCCCCCCCCCCCCAGCGCCGAUGGCGGCGGCCACCGCAGCCCCGCGACCCCCGGAGCCGUGAGGGGGAACCCAGGAACCAUAGGGACCGCGGGGACGCAGCGUUGGGCCGCGCCCGGGCUCGGGGGGCUGCGGACGCGCAGCAUCAUGGAGGCACGGACCCGGCGCCUUGCCACCACCCUGAUGGACGCCACGACGGACAAGGAGCCGCUGGUGCAGGAGCAGAUCUACAACGCUCUGUGCUACCUGGGGGAGGCUGAGCCCGAGGAGAUCCUGCACUGCUGCGACGAGUAUCUGCGACAGCACGACAAGCUGGCCUACCCGCACCGCGUCAUCAUCCUGAAGGCGAUGGAAACGGUGGUGAAGAACAACAUCUCCAGCUUGGACAAAAGCACGGCGAAGGUGGUCAUCUUCCUGGCAUCCAACGAGAUGACCAAAUCCAAGGAGGUGGUCUGGGAAUGGCAGCAGGCAGCCAGCAGCGUGCUGGUGGCGGUCGGGCAGCGUUUCAUCAACAAAGUGAUGGAGGAGGUGCUCACCAAGUUCCAGCCGGGCAUCCUGCCGCAUUACUUCGUCAUGCAGACCUUUGCCAACCUGGCGGUGUCCAACGUGUUCGGGAUGGUGCCUUUCCUCAACUCCAUCCUGGGGACCAUGCUGCCCAUGCUGGGGAUGGCCAAGCAGGACCACAUGAAGUCUGUCUUCUGCUACGCCCUGCAGCACUUCAGCGAGAGCAUCCAGGAGUACGUGGCCAACCUGGACCAGGCCCCCGACCCCACGGUCAGGAAGGACACCUUCUGCAACGAGAUCUACAGCGCCUACGAGGUGCUCUUCAACAGCUGGCUGCAGCACCGGGAGCCCAAGCUCCGGCUGGCGGUGGUGGAGGCUCUGGGAGCCAUGAGCUACCUGAUGCCCGGCGAGAAGCUGGAGGAGCAGCUCCCAAAGCUGAUCCCGGCCGUCCUGUCCCUCUACAAGAAGCACACGGAGUCCUUCUACAUCUCCAAGAGCCUCUGUCAGAUCUUGGAAGCUUCUGUGGACAUCGGCAGCCGCAGCCUGGAUAUGCAGCUGGAUGCUCUGCUGGGCACCCUGCACCCCCAGAUCUGCACUCCCGCCGACCCGGCUGUGCCCCUGACUGUCAAAAACCACACGGAGGUCCUUCGGUGCUUCACUGUGCUCGCCUGCUCCUUCCCUGACCGAGUGCUGACCUUCCUCCUCCCAAAAUUGGAGAGCAGCAGUGAGAGGACGCGCGUGGGGACGUUGCUCAUCAUGAGACAGAUCAUCAACAGUGCCCCCUCUCAGAUGGAGAUUAAAAAGCCCUUCAUCCUUUCUUCGAUGAAACUUCCCCUUCAAGACAGCAACAACAAGGUGAGGCGAGCCGUGGUGCAGGUGAUCAGUGCCAUGGCUCACCACGGCUACCUGGAGCAGCCCGGUGGGGAGGCCAUGCUGGAGUUCCUGGUGCGACAGUGUGCCCUGCCCUCGGAUGCGCCCCAGAAGCCGCUCCCAGACGUGGAUGACCCCACGAGCGACAGCGUGCGGAGCAUCAGCGUCAACACGCUCCUCCUCCUCAGCACCACCGUCGAUCGGAUGAACAACGUGCUGUGGCCGUACCUGCUGGAGUUCAUCACCCCCGUGCAGUUCACCAACGCGCUGACUCCCAUCUGCAAGAGCCUCAUGCAUUUAUCUGUGAAGAAACGAGAGGAGGGAGGGAACGCAUCCCUGAUCCCAUAUGACCUCAACGGAAAUCUUCCUUCGCCCCACGCCCUGACGACGCGGUUGCUGGUGGUGUCCUCCCGGCCGUACACCGGGGACGGUCGGGGUGCAGCAGCCCUGCGGCUCCUGCAGGCGUUGUGCUGCAGCGUUCACCCUGCCCUGGAGCAGCUCUGGAGCAAAAGGGUUCCUGUGCUGGUGGAGCGCAUCGAGGAGAACACUGAUAAGUCGCUGCACCUGGAGGAGUGGGAGGAGGAGCUGCUGCUGCUCCUCCAGGAAACGCUGGCAUCCGUUUCGGACAACGCUUGGAUCUGCCACUUUGUGACAGAGAUGUGCCGGCAGCUGAACGGCUACAACGGAUUCCCCACUGAAAAGAACUUUCUGUACAAAUGCAUCGGGACGACGCUCGGGGCGUGCGUCAGCAAGGAGUUGGUCCAGAAACAGCUGCAGGAGCUGCUGGAAACGGCCCGGUACAACGAGGAGGCAGAGUGGGAGGGACUCGCUUCCUGCUUCGGGAUAUGUGCAAUAAAUCACCUGGAGGAAACGCUGGCCAAGCUGGAGGAUUUUGUGCGGUCUGAUGUCUUCAAGAAAUCCGUGGGGCUGUUCAGUAUUUUCAAGGACCGCAGCGACCACGAAGUGGAGAAGAUCAAGAGCGCCCUGAUCCUGUGCUACGGGUUCGUGGCCGCUCACGCUCCCAGGGAGCUGCUGCUGUCCCGCGUCGAGGCCGACAUCCUGAGGAACAUCUCCCAGUACUUCAGCACCAAGGUUCUGGGGAUAAAGGUAGAGACCAAGGACCUGACCCUGAAGCUGUGCCUCAUCCGGAGCGUCGCCAUGAUCAGCCGGGCCGUCCGUGGCAGCACCAAAUGCACUGACUUUGUUCUGGGUCGCAAAGCCGAACUCGUGGCGCAGAUGGUGGAGUUCAUCAAAGCAGAACCGCUGGACUCGAUGCGGACUCCGGUGCGGCAGUGGGCGAUGGUCACCUGCACUCACCUGGUCCUCCUGGAGCCCCAGCUCAGCGACCCCGACCGCACGGAGCUGAUGGACGCGUGCCUGGCCGGCGUCCUGGCGCUGCCCCCGCUGGACCCACUGUGGGACCGCGAUGGGGACGGCGGCGAUGCGCCCUACAGCGAGGAGCUGUUUGCAGACACCCUCGGUGCCCUCCAGGAGCUGCUGAAGACCCUCCUGCAGCGCAGCCUGACCCCACAUGGCCUGCAGGACAUGUUUGCGCACUUGGGCCCGUGGAUCAAAUCCAGCAAGCAGCACGAGCGGCAGCGUGCCGUGGAGCUCAGCGCCGCGCUGCUGGACUUCUACCUGGGCAGGCUCAACGUCAGCACCGUUGUCCCAUUCUACAACCUCGGCGUGCUCAUCGCGCUCUUCUCCCCGCGCUGCUCCGACUCGGUGGGCAGCGUCCGGCAGCGCGCCGUCGAUUGCGUCUACAGCCUGCUCUACAUCCAGCUGUGCUACGAAGGGUUCGCUCGGGACCACCGGGAUGAGAUGGUGGAGGGACUGAAGGCCCUGAAGAGGGGUCUGGAGGAGCCUGACUUCACCGUCCUGUUCCGCACCUGCACCAACAUUGCCAUGGUGAUUGGGAAACGUGUCCCCCCGGACCAGCUGAUGAGCCUCCUGCUCGCCAUGUUUGAGGGGCUGGCAGACCCCGACAAGAACUGCUCCCGUGCGGCCACCGUCAUGAUCAACGCUCUGCUCAAGGAGCGGGGGGCCGUCCUGCAGGACAAGGUGCCCGACAUCAUGAGCAUCAUCCACGGCAAGCUGCAGGAGGUGGACGAGGAGCACGUGCGCAAGGCAGCCCAGCAGACGGUGUACAUCCUGGCAGCCCAGCACACCGGCGUGGUGGUGUCCAGCCUGCUGGGCAGCGCUCUGCCCUUCGACAGCCACACGUGUGCCAUGUGGCGGGCCCUGGCCGCGGAGCCCAGCCUGACGGCGCAGAUCCUGGAGCAGCUGCUGGAGAAGGUGGGGCGGGACGUGCCCUACAAGGAGAGCAGAGCCUUCCUGCUGGGCGGCAGCUCGGAGCGUGUGGCCACGCCGCUGCCCAUGGCCGCCACAUGUGCUCUGCAUGAGAUCAUGUCUGCGCCGGAGUCUGGGCCGGCGGUGCUGGGGCUCUACGCGCCGCUCUUCGUGACCCUCCUGCUGCGCGUCAGCUGCACCGUGGGUGUUCAGCUACCGAAGAGCCUGCAGGGCAGGGAGAGGAGGAGCAGCAGCCACGCGGCCUUGUCCCGCAGCCUCCAGCCCUGCAGCUGUGCAGUGCAGACGCUGCGGGCCAUGCUGGCACGGGGUGGCAGUGAGGCUGUGGCCACGGCUGUGGGCAGUGCUGGCGGAUGGGAGCUGAUGGAGAGCCCUGAGCGGCACCACGAGGGCGUCACUGUGCUGGCUGGCUCCAUGGCACGGCAUGCUGGCCCCCGCCUGCCCCUCAUUGUCAAGAGCCUCGUCCCCACGCUGAGCAGCGCCUUCGACAGCCAACGCGUCACUGCCACCGCCUUCCUGGCUGAGCUGCUGAGCAGUAACGUGGUGAACGACCUGAUCCUGCUGGAGAGCGUGAUGGACAGCUUGACGGGGCGGCAGAAGGACCCCAGUCUGCUGGUGCGCGUGCUGGCGCUGCGGGGGCUGGGCAACAUCGCCGUGGGGGCACCCGAAAAGGUGCAUAAGCAUGGGGCCAAGCUGCUGGCGUCCAUGGUCAACGGCAUGGAUGACAGAGACGACCCCAACAACCUGGUGGCCUUGGAGGCCAUGACCAGUCUGUCCAAGCUUCUGGAGUACCUGGAGGAGAGGGACGUGCGGGCCACGCUCCUGCACAUCGCCAUCAGGAUCCGGCCCUUCUUUGACAGCGAGCAGCCCGACCUCCGCCGCUCAUCCAUCGUGCUCUUCGGCAACCUGACCAAAUUCAGCGAGGGUGACUGCGAGGCGUUCUUCGAGCAGAUCCUCAACGGGCUGGUGACGUUGCUGCUGCACCUCCAGGACCCCAAACCUGAGGUCGUCAGGGCCUGCAAGUUCGCUCUGCGCAUGUGCGGCCCCAACAUGGGCUGUGAGGGGCUGUGUGACAUGUUCCUGAACCACCUGCGCGAGGACCGGAGCCUGCACUACGGCGAGUUCAUGAACAACGUCUGCAAGCACCUGAUGCAGAGCUACCCGGAGAUGCUGAACCGUCUGGUUCUGACCAACCUCUUCUACUUCAAGAGCUCCUGGGUGGAAAUCCGAGCAGCUGCACCCAUGUUUAUCGGGUUCCUCGUGCUGCACGUCGGGGAGGACCACUGCCACCAGGUGGACCUGGAGCAGCUCAUCUCGGCCCUCAACCUCCUCCUGAAGGAUCCGGUCCCCGCCGUCCGCAUGAAGGUGGCAGAGACCCUGGGCCGCCUCGUCCGCAUCCUCUGACCCCACGCAGCACUAUGGGGUCGGAGCCCCACAGCCAUCACCACGUGCCCACCCCAAGGGCACCCCGCUCCGCAGCGCCAUCGUCCUCCUCCACUUCCCCCCCCCCCCCCUCUGAGCCA